AUGUUGCGUUGCUUAGACGGUGUGAAGCAUUUACUUUCUGCUGUUGUCAAUUGCUGUGAUUCUGAAAUUUAUAAGCAACCCCGAGGAUUAGAAAAUCUUGAAGCUCUUGCAAGGGAGACUGUCUUCAGUGUCAGUGAGAUAGAGGCACUGUAUGAAUUAUUUAAGAAGAUCAGCAGUGCUGUGAUUGAUGAUAGGCUUAUCAACAAGGAAGAGUUUCAACUUGCACUAUUUAAGACAAAUAAAAAGGAGAGCUUGUUUGCUGAUCGGGUAUUUGACUUGUUUGACACAAAGCAUAAUGGGAUAUUAGAUUUUGAGGAGUUUGCACGCUCUCUUUCAGUCUUUCACCCAAAUGCUUCGAUUGAUGAUAAGAUUGAAUGUUUUGCUUUGCGGUAG